GGCUCCACGGCUCUCCAGCUGUUUUCCACUGGAACCCAGACGCGCACCUAUGACGACCUGAUUCUGGGCGCCCGGAAAAUCACCUUUGGGGCCCACGAGGUAGACCUCUCCACCCAGCUCACCCGCGGCAUCCGCCUGCGCACCCCCCUGGUCUCCUCUCCAAUGGACACCGUGACGGAGGCCGGCAUGGCGGUGGCCAUGGCUGAGGUCGGUGGCAUCGGCAUCAUCCACUACAACUGCUCGGUGGAGCACCAGGUUGAGCAGGUCUGCAUCGCCAAGAGGCACGUGCCUGGUCAGGUGCUGAUUCCCCCGACCCUGCCGCCGACAGCCACCGUGAAGGACCUGCUGGCGCUCAAGGCCUCCACUGGCACCAGCUCUGUCUGCAUCACCGAGUCUGGCAAGGUCGGGGCCAGGCUGCUAGGCUUGGUGUGCGUCGGCGACUACGGUCUGGUGAGGGACCUGUCCACCCCCCUGUCGGCCAUCAUGACCACGGAUGUGCAGACCGCUGCUGAGGGCACGCUGGAUGCCACCAAGGCUGCAGAGGCACUCGCAGCGUCCCGCAAGGGGCACCUGCCCAUCGUGAAUGCGGCGGGGGAGCUCACGGGUCUGUUCACGCGGGCCGACCUCAUGCGCGCCGCACAGCUCCCCCCUCGAGGGGCUCCCUCCCUCUCCUCCGACGGCCGCCUCCUGGUGGGCGCCUCCGUGGGCACCCGCGACUCCGACAAGGAGCGGUUGCGCCAGCUUGUGGAGGCCGGGAUCGACGUGGUGGUCAUCGACUCCUCCCAGGGCUGGUCCCUCUUCCAGCUGGACAUGCUGCGGCACAUCAAGCGCGAGCACCCGGGCCUGCAGAUCAUCGCCGGCAACGUGAUCAACGCCUUCCAGGAGGUGUGCGCCGUCGGCCGCGGACAGGCGGAGGCCGUCUUCGAGUGUGCACGCGUGGCCGCAAAGUUUGGCGUCCCCGUCCUGGCCGACGGCGGCGUGCAGAACGGGGGCCACAUCACCAAGGCCCUCGCCCUGGGGGCCUCCACCGUCAUGUGCGGCUCCCUCUUUGCCGGCACGGAGGAGGCGCCAGGUGUGUGA